AUGGUUAACUUCACAGUAGAUCAGGUCCGUGGGCUCAUGGACAAGCCCACGAACAUCCGUAACAUGAGUGUUAUCGCUCACGUCGAUCACGGAAAGUCCACUCUUACCGAUUCCCUUGUCUCUAAAGCCGGAAUUAUUGCGUCGGCAAAAGCUGGUGACAUGCGUUUUACCGACACAAGAGAAGAUGAGAAGGAGCGUGGUAUCACCAUCAAGUCGACUGCUAUUUCUAUGUACUUUGAAGUUGACAAGGAGGAUCUCAUCUCCAUUAAACAAAAAACUAUCGGCAAUGAAUUCUUGAUCAAUUUGAUUGAUUCCCCUGGUCACGUUGAUUUCUCAUCCGAAGUGACGGCAGCUCUCCGUGUUACUGACGGUGCCCUCGUUGUUGUCGAUUGUGUUGAGGGUGUUUGCGUGCAAACGGAAACCGUGCUUCGUCAAGCUCUGACAGAACGUAUCAAACCUGUCGUUAUCAUCAACAAAGUUGAUCGUGCUCUUCUCGAGCUUCAAGUAGACAAGGAGUCGCUCUACCAAUCUUUCCAACGUACCAUCGAAAAUGUCAACGUCAUCAUCUCCACAUAUCAUGAUGUCGCCCUUGGUGAUGUCCAGGUUUACCCCGAUCAGGGAACCGUCGCUUUCGGUUCUGGUCUCCACGGAUGGGGUUUCACUCUUCGUCAAUUUUCUAACCGAUAUGCCAAGAAAUUCGGUGUGGACAAGGAGAAGAUGAUGGCGAAGCUCUGGGGUGACAACUACUUCAACCCCGCCACCCGCAAAUGGACCACCGUUGGCACCGAUGCGAACGGCAAGCCCCUGGAGCGCGCGUUCAACCAGUUCGUCCUUGACCCCAUCUUCAAGAUUUUCGAUGCUGUCAUGAACUUCAAAAAGGACUCCAUAGGCCCGAUGCUCGAAAAGCUUGACGUAAAGCUCGCUCAAGAUGAGCGCGAUUUGGAAGGCAAGGCCCUGCUCAAGGUUAUCAUGCGCAAGUUCCUCCCCGCUGGUGACUCUCUCUUGGAGAUGAUAGUCAUCAAUCUCCCCUCGCCCGCCACCGCUCAGCGCUACCGUGUUGAGACCCUUUAUGAGGGUCCCAUGGACGACGAGUCCGCUAUUGGCAUCAGGGACUGCGACCCCAAGGGUCCCCUCGUUCUCUACGUCUCCAAGAUGGUGCCCACCUCCGAUAAGGGUCGUUUCUACGCUUUCGGUCGUGUCUUCUCCGGCACAGUCAAGUCUGGACCCAAAGUCCGUAUUCAGGGCCCCAAUUAUUUGCCUGGAAAGAAGGACGAUCUUUUCGUCAAAUCAAUCCAGCGCACAGUGCUCAUGAUGGGUCGUUACAUCGAGCCUAUUGAGGAUUGCCCUGCCGGUAACAUUGUUGGUCUCGUUGGUAUCGACCAGUUCCUGCUCAAGAGCGGUACUCUUACCACCUCAGAAACCGCCCACAACAUGAGGGUCAUGCGUUUCUCCGUCUCUCCCGUCGUGCAGGUCGCAGUUGAGGUCAAGAAUGCGGCUGAUCUCCCCAAGCUUGUGGAAGGUCUCAAGCGUCUCUCCAAGUCUGAUCCUUGCGUGCAAGCAUGGAUUGCAGAAACUGGUGAGCACAUUGUUGCUGGUGCUGGUGAGCUGCACUUGGAAAUUUGCUUGAAGGAUCUGCAAGAUGAUCACGCCGGUGUUCCACUCAAGAUUUCUGACCCUGUCGUCCCCUACCGUGAGACUGUCAAAGCCGAGUCUAGUAUUGUCGCUCUAUCAAAGUCGCAGAACAAGCACAAUCGUCUCUAUGUCAAGGCCAUGCCCCUCGAUGAGGAGCUCACGAAAGCAAUUGAGGCUGGCACCAUUAAUUCCCGUGACGAUUUCAAGAUCCGAGCCCGCAUGCUCGCUGACGAUUUCGGUUGGGAUGUCACUGAUGCCAGGAAAAUUUGGUGUUUCGGUCCUGAUACCACUGGUCCCAAUUUGUUGGUCGAUGUCACCAAGGGUGUGCAGUACUUGAACGAAAUCAAGGAUUCAUGUGUUGCUGCAUUCCAAUGGGCGACAAAGGAGGGUGUUACUUGUGAAGAGAACAUGCGUGGCAUUCGUGUCAACGUUCUUGAUGUUACUUUGCACACUGAUGCCAUCCAUCGUGGAGGAGGUCAAAUUAUCCCAACAAUGCGUCGCGCGACCUAUGCUGCCUGCCUACUCGCCACACCCGGUCUCCAGGAGCCCAUCUAUCUUGUCGAAAUCCAGUGCCCUGAGAACGCCAUCGGUGGUAUCUACUCGUGUUUGAACAAGCGUCGUGGACAAGUGUUCAGCGAAGAACAACGGCCUGGAACACCCAUGUUUACGGUCAAGGCUUACUUGCCUGUCGCUGAAUCAUUCGGCUUCAACGGUGAGCUGCGCUCGCAUACCGCUGGCCAGGCGUUCCCCCAGAGUGUGUUCGACCAUUGGGAGACGAUGAACGGCACACCCCUCGACAAGGGCAGCAAGAUUGAGGAGCUUGUUACAAAGAUCCGUACGCGCAAGGGCCUCAAGCCUGAAAUCCCGGCCCUGGACACAUAUUACGACAAGCUGUAA